UCUUUUCCGUAUGUAUAUUAUUAUAAUUCUCUUGGUUGGCAACACUGUAUUCGUUCGAGUAUCGCAUCGUUAUUCGUUAUUCCGUAGGUACUUGUUUGAUUUUAUUUGCGGAGUUUGUAGUUGAUAAAACUUUUACAUACUUACUUCUAAAAGUAGAUUUUGUCGGCAAAAUAUCUGUCAUUUAACAAAUUAAACGACAGUAAGUCAAGCCAGAUAUAAUACAGGUUGGCAUCAGUUAGUUGAACAUUAUGUCGCCAUAUGAAAUUAACCCUUACUUUACAGGGAAUGGGACGUACAAGCCGAUAAAUCCAAUACUGUCGAAACUUGGUGAUUUCACGCCGUUCUAUAUUGCAAUCGCGAUCUGUUCGGUGAUUUUUGGUUUUCUACUUAUACUGAACAUUGUUUGUUGUUGCUCAAGGUACUCCGAUUAUUGGCUGGACCGGCACACUGGUAAUCGCUGGUUGGUGUCCAUCUGGUCAGCAACACCACACAAACAACCACCACUUGACUUCACUGAGCUAAACAUCGACAAAGUACCCAUACAGGUUGUCCUUCCACCACAAACAGAGGAAUACUUGGACAUUGGGAGGCACGAAUCUGAACUGACAUCUAUAUCCCGCCAACCUCUUACCUCAUCUCAAGAAUAUUUAGAACUGCAUAAGAGAGAAAGUGAUAUAUAACCAUGUCUUUCCUCAUGUUGUACCCAGCUGUAGCAGUUCUUUCUCUGUUUGUAUUAAUGGUAAUUAUUUUAAUGCUAAGAUUUGGAAGUAAGUGGUGCAAAUUGCGUCACACUCCGCACACUUAUACAGAGUAUUGGAUUGAAGAUGAGGCAUAUGAACAAAAAGUUUCUUAUGCUUAGUCUUGUGCACAUGAAUUUUGAGCUUGUUGAUAUACAAGAACCAACAUUUUUUAUUAUUAAAUAAAAUUUUAUCUUUAUUUUCUUCAAUUAUGUUGAAUUCCCUUUCCUUCUUGUUCAAAUUAUUCAACAUUUGACUUUCUACUUUUUACAAUGACUCUUUACAUUCUCUUUCAAAUAACCCAUAACUUGACUCAGGUUGCAAUGGCUGCCGGCAGCCCUUUCAGAGUGAUUUUAAUGGACAUGAAAUGUAGUUGAUUUUAGUUAAACGAUGUUUCACAGCUCAGACAAUCCAGGAAUUUUAAAAUAAGAAUGCUUGUAGAUUUUUAUGUGCCUUUAAAGUUAGGCAGCUACUAUACAAGUUUUAUAUAACGAUAUGCCCUUAUUUUUCUAUGACCUCAAACUGUUAAUGUGUGUAAUUAUCUUGCUGUGCAAUCACUAUCAAGGUUUUGUUUUUAAGAAUAUUUUAAAAACAAAACCACAAUCAUAAAAUUUAUUCUAUUCAUAAUUAUGUAUUCUUGAAUUUAUUAUAGUAACAAUUCCAUCCAUUAAAGGUCUGAUAAUUAAACUAUAAGGUAUGUUAAGGUAUAGGUAUUAGGAUUUUUAUAUUUUUUUAUAUUAAUGAUAUGAUAUAGAAUGUGUGACAGUGUGUUCAAUGUUUAAAAUAUAAAAUACAUUGUAAGUUGCCUUUUGCCGAUUUCAUGUCAGUAAUGCAAUAAAAAGAAAGACAAUCUAUAAUUUUAAUUCAUUUGUCUUCUGUCAAUAUGUUAUUGAAAGUUGUCAUCAUUUUAUAUAUAAGUGGAACAUAAAUGUAAUGUUUCUUGUAAAAUGUUAAAUAUUUAAUUUGCAAUGGCUACAUCAUUAUGACAUUAACAAAAUGUAAUAAUAGGUAAAGAUACAAACCAAACAUUAUUGCACUUAUUGGGCCUGUUUGUACGUGUUAUUCGUAAAAUAAAAUAUCUUUUCUA